UGCAGCCAUUUCGAACGGGUCCAGACUAAAUUCGCGAAUGUCGUUAACCCGUCGUGAAUUCAAAACCGGCUGGAUUCGCGAAGCAGGUCCGCACUGUCCUUCCGACUACUGUUUCGCACGGAACGGCUGCACUACGCCGUAACGAGUCUGCCUUCCAUUCCGUCACUUCCGCUUUGUCGUCAAAAGACUGUUCGCUCGCCACCUCGCCGCUGUUUAGUUAUUACUUGACUGCUUGGUAGCGAAGUAGUCACCGUGGGUGUUGGUAAAGGCCUGAGAGAUUAGACACUUCGGCGCAUGUCUAGUGCAUCGUGGCAAGAAAUUAGACGACACUCUAGAAGCACGACGCGUCCCCGGGGUAGGUCGGGCAGGAAUAGUCGCGACUGGCAGCUGUUAUUAUGAUUGCAAAAUAUAAACAAAGGAAAUCGCAUGCGAAAACCGUUAACGUUAGCCAGGCGAAGAACGAGGGGGUCGGACGGAUGGAAAUAUUGGUGGUUCUUCCAUCUGAGCAAGACUGCCAUCUUCAUCAUCUUCGUCCUUGGCUCUCCCCCCCUAACCAUCCUCCCACUGAGCCGUCCUCCCUUCAGCAACCACACUACCCCUGCUACUACAACCCUUCUGACCUUGUCCCCCCUCUUUGCUCGGCAUUCCGUGCGCAUGUGUGGUGUGUGGGCAUGUGUGCAUGCACGCGUGGCCUCUUAAUGUUGGUACAUCCAUACUUUUGUGUUGAUCUCUCAAUGUUAUCGAACGCACUGGUGUGCCAACCACUGCUACUGCAUGCCUUUCGUGAGGCUUCUCUCCACGCCUUGCCAUUCUCAGGAAUGCGCAGAUGCGCAUCCUUAUACUGUUUUUUCCCGGCAUGGCAUGAGGACCCACAAUACAUUGUGAUGCGCAUCCUUCUAACUGGUUGCUGCACCCGAAACCUUCCCAAUACCACUGCCACUGGUGGCCCCUCCUCCUCCUCUCCUCUUGCUGUUAGGAUCCCUUUCAGCCAUGUCACAUUCUUUCAUUCCUGGGAAUGAGUGCAGGAGCAGCGACAGCAGUGAUGGGGACAGGUGGAUGGAUAUGUGGGCAUGGAUGAAUGGGGCAUGGCGGUGGUGGGUUACAGAUGUUGCUAUACUUGCUAUGAUAGUUGCCUUUAAAUCAGCUGUGGUAGUUAUCUCAACGUAGGAUUGAAUGUCGAGAGAAUAAAGCGUACAAGGGUAUAAGCCCAAGUGUUGUACUUGUCAAACAUCUGUAUUUGUCAUGUUUGUAUAGACUGUAUAGGGUUACCGCUUAGAGGGUACAACA